UCGUGCGCAACAGGCAGAAUCGGGAGUGGAGGGGAGAGCGCGCGGGGAGGGGAACGACUCCAGGGUACUCGGGAGGGAACGAAAUCUCGGAGUCAGGGUGGGACUGCCGAACGGUACAGUCACUCCUUCGUCGACGUCCAACAAACAACACAAUGGCUGAUAAGGACAAGAAGGUAAAGAAGAAGAAGGCGAAGGAAGAUGCGCCAGCUGAGGAAGCAUCCGCGCCCGCGUCGGGCGGCGGCAGCGAGCGCCAAAGCUCGCGCGGCAGCCGCAAGGCCAAGCGCACCGGCUCCAACGUCUUCUCCAUGUUCUCACAGAAGCAGGUCGCUGAGUUCAAGGAGGCCUUCCAGCUAAUGGACCACGACAAGGACGGUAUCAUCGGCAAGAACGACCUCCGCGCGACGUUCGACUCGCUCGGCAGACUGGCCUCCGAGAAGGAGUUGGAUGAGAUGGUGAACGAGGCCCCCGGCCCCAUCAACUUCACCCAGCUGCUGACCCUCUUCGCCAGCCGCAUGUCCGGCGGCUCUGAUGAGGACGACGUCGUCAUCAACGCCUUCAAGACCUUCGACGAGGAGGGCAAGAUCGACUCCGAGAGGCUCAGGCACGCGCUCAUGACCUGGGGCGACAAGUUCUCCGCCGACGAGGUCGACGAGGCAUACGACCAGAUGGACAUUGAUGAUAAGGGCUACAUUGACACCACCAAGCUGAUCACCAUGCUCACCGCCAGCGGCGAGGAGGAGGAGGGCGGAGAGGCCGCGUAAGGCUCCCCCCCACCACCCCUGAGCCACGACCAACCGCUGCCAGUCCACGCGCGCCCGCCCGGCCGCCGGUUCACAAACAUCAUCACCUCGCGAACCGAUACUUUUAUAACUAUUAUAUAAUUUAUUGUUUCCAUUUUUUAAUUUAUAUAUAAUGAAAAUAUAGUUCUACUAUAACCAAAAUGGUGUAGUACUGUCCCCGUACUAUGUGAUUUUUAUAUGAAACAACUGAAGACAAUUUAUUUUGUAAGAAUACUAUGUAUUCUUGUUACCACAAUAAAUAAGUAAAUAAAGUACGAUCAAGUCUGACCUAAGUGAGGUGCGCCGAGUAACGGCCACAUUUUAUAA